ACGCAGCUGCACUAAUCAGUGUGGAGUGGGUGGGACGUGUAAGAAGGAAGAGUUUUUGGGGGGUGAUGUUCGAGUUCAGCGUGAUGAUGAGAGAAUUGAUACACUUCUGAAGCAGGCGAAUUUGAGUCGAGUGUGCAGCCAUGUGGCCGGUGUUGUGGACGGCCAUGCGCACCUAUGCGCCCUACGUGACCUUCCCUGUGGCCUUCGUGGUGGGCGCAGUGGGCUAUCACUUGGAGUGGUUUAUCCGAGGAACCCCCAACUCCACCGGAGAAGAGAAAGGCAUCGCGGAGCUGCGAGAGGACAGAAAAUUGGAGGAACUGGUUGGCCGAGACAGCACACAAGUACUCAGUCUGAAGGACAAACUGGAGUUCACCCCCAGAGCAGCACUGGAAAGGAACCGACCAGAAAAGAGCUAGCUGGCUGAAUCACUCUCGCUCUGGCUCUUGUCCCAUCCUACUGACCAAUGGUACGACUGAAUGGCAUAUCUAAGGGGAAAAUAUUGGAUAGAAGGCAUAAGCCCCUGAUCCUACACUUGUACACUUCCAUCCACCAGAUGGAGACACUCUGUGCUUGUAAUGUUCACCCUUUCAGCUGCUGGCACACGAGUCUUGUGAAAGUGUUCUAAACGUUAAUUCUUUGUGGCUUAAUGUUCAGCCCGGUUCCCCAGGCGAACAGGCACAUGACUAGCCCAAUUUGAAGAAAACUUUCAAUAGCUUCUGUAUAUCUGCCUUUCCAUACAAUCUCACAAGACUUGAGUCUAGGAGAAAGGCCUCUUUUGUUGAACGAGAGACUGGAUGAAUGUGCAUGAAGCAAAACAGAACAUCAACAUGAAAGGGAUUAGAAAAACCAUUUUCUUAAAUCCAUUUUGGGUGGGUAAAGAGAUCCAGAAUGCUUUCGAAAGUGUCCUCAUUGUAAUCCCCUCUGUGAACGACUGUAGUUGAGAACAAAGUGAGAAUGAGCGAUGAAAAACGUUGCCUCGCUAUUCAUCACUUCUACCCAUGCUGGGACACAACUGACUGGUUCAUUCUUUCACAUUGUGACCGAGUUUUAGGUCCUCAUCAUCCGUCAGUUAAUUCUACGCCGUUCACGUAGCAGAGACUGCAUUCUUAUGGGUUUCACGAUGUUUAAAGCCAGAGUUUAUUCAUGUUGAAUUCGGAAUUUGCACUCUGUUUGAACAAGGAUACUUGGCUAUGUUUGUUUCCAGUUCUAGUAGUAUGGGCCAUUGUUUCAUUGAUAAAGUUUUGCAGGUUUAUUUUAAACGCACGUUUCCAUUACUGCUUUGGAAUAUUACAGGAAAAUAAAUGAAGUGACUUCAAAACUGUACUGUUGGUAUUGUUUCCAGGAAUCCUCUUACUUUUUAUGCAGUAAAACAGUGGAGGAGCACAGCUGUUGGCAAUAAAUUCCUAGAUUUCA